AUGUGUAUUUCAAACAAAAGCGGGAGUUUUGGAAAAGGUUGCAAGAGCAAUGGAAGAAUCACAUUCCUCUACCAGGUGUUGCUCUUUGUGGUUUUGUUGUAUCGCACAGAUACGUUCAAUUCGACGAUCAAAGUAGGUGUGCUGUUGAUGACUAACUCCACUUUUCCCGUCGACCUUCUGCGGAUAGGACCCGCUGUCCACAUGGGGGUGGCGGAGGUCAAACGUCGCUAUGGUCUGGAAUUUCAGCCCCUUUUUCGGAACUACUCUGUCUGGUGCGACAGGGCAAGAGUUGACGCUCUUGGUGGGCUGGCUGAUAUGUAUUACGAGGAAGGGGUUCGAGCUUUUAUUGGCCCUGCGUGUUCAUACGCCGUGCAAUCAGCAGGUCGGAUGGCACAACAUCUGCGUGUUCCCAUGGUAACAGGUCUGGGUGAUCUGGUCUUCAGAAACCCGGAGGUCGACGCCUACGACAUGUUUGAGACAACUGCCAUUUUGUCGUACAACACCAGGAAGCUCUCAGUGUCCGUCCGAGCGCUUCUUCGGGAUUGGAAAUGGAGUCAUGUGGCCAUUAUAUACGACAGUUUUGAGGUCUUCUACCGGGAAAUGGCCCCUGCUAUGAUAGAGGACUUCAAGAACGACCCAGACUUUCCUCCCCUAUAUCCGGUCAAGUUUGAGAGAAACAAGUAUUGGAAUGCCAAGGAUUUGCUGCAGGACGCAUCAGCGCAUGCUCGAGUAUUCCUGAUGUGUGUGAACGCGGACGAGAUGCGUACUAUCCUGUACCAGGCGGGCAUGAUGGGGUUCGGGGGAGAGUAUGUUUACAUCGCCAUCCAACUAGCCACCAUUAGCUGGUGGGGAACCUACAGAAAGUUCCUGCAGAACGACAUGAUGGACCAAACCCUAAAGAAAGUCUACGAGAACGUACUGAUUCUUGAGCUCAUUAACCCUGUAGAGGACAACGGCCCUUUCCAGGACGAGAUACGAGACCUAGCCCUCAACGAGUUCGACUACACAUUCGCGGAAAAUGAAACGGUGCACUAUUUUAUAGCGGCAUUCUAUGAGGCGGUUUUGUACCUCGGGGCUGCAUAUAGCAAAAGUAUCGAAGAAACCGGAAGUGCUGACGAUGGAUAUGCUAUCGCCAGAACGUUCUUCAACAAUACCUUUGAAGGCUUGAACCAGUCAGUUGCCGUGGAUGAGGAGGGGACAAGAAUUGCUGAUUUCCGCGUCCUUGACCUUCUGAAUGCUGACACCGAGCAAUGGCAGGUGGUAGGUGUUUUUUACGGAUCGAAGAGGGCAUACGAACCAAAAGCGGGUAUGACGGUCCGCUUCCCAAACGGCGUGCCAGUGGACAUACCCGCGUGCGGCUUCCAGGGGGAGCAUUGCAUCAAAAAGCCCCUCUCAGCGCAGACCAUUGUGGGGAUUAUUUCCGGCUGUCUCAUUGUUGUCCUCGUUCUCAUCAUUAUCACCCAGGUCAUAUACAGCCGACGUAAAGCCAACAAGGACAUGAGAUGGCGGGUAUCGUGGCGAGACGUCGACGUCCUGAAAACCAAAGGGAGCAUCAUCUCGGGAUUCAGCAAGUCCAGGAUCUCGUUAGAACAAGAGGUUGGAACAAAAUCAUGA